GCAUCGUCCCAUCCAUAUUCGUAGCCAUACACUGCCCGCCCGAGAAAGAUCGAGUGCGCUUUCUCCUCCUGCCCGGCCUCGUCGUCGCUUAGCUUCCCGCCACGAGUAUGACGGCGCCCAUGGAGCGGCACCACUCCAUCGACGCGCAGCUCCGCCUCCUCGCCCCUGGCAAGGUCUCCGAGGACGACAAGCUCAUCGAGUACGACGCCCUCCUCGUCGACCGCUUCCUCGACAUCCUCCAGGACCUCCACGGCCCUCACCUGCGCGAAUUCGUGCAGGAUUGCUACGAGCUGUCGGCGGAGUACGAGGGCGACCGCGACGCGGCGCGGCUGGAGGAGCUGGGCGGCAGGCUGACGGGUCUGGCCCCCGCCGACGCCAUCGUGGUGGCCAGCUCCUUCUCCCACAUGCUCAACCUGGCCAACCUCGCAGAGGAGGUGCAGAUCGCCAACCGCCGUAGGAACAAGCUCAAGCGCGGGGACUUCGCCGACGAGGCCUCCGCCACCACCGAGUCCGACAUCGAGGAGACGCUCAAGAGGCUCGUGUCCGAGCUCGGCAAGUCCCGCGACGAGGUCUUCGACGCGCUCAAGAACCAGACCGUCGACCUCGUCUUCACCGCCCACCCCACGCAGUCCAUCCGGAGGUCGCUCCUCCAGAAGCACGGAAGGAUACGGAAUUGCCUGAGGCAGCUGUACGCCAAGGACAUCACGGCCGACGACAAGCAGGAGCUCGACGAGGCUCUUCAGAGAGAGAUUCAAGCUGCUUUUCGAACUGAUGAAAUACGGAGAACACAGCCUACUCCACAGGAUGAAAUGCGUGCCGGGAUGAGUUACUUCCACGAAACAAUAUGGAAGGGUGUUCCAAAGUUUUUGCGUCGCGUGGACACAGCUCUUAAGAAUAUCGGAAUUGAUGAGCGUCUUCCAUACAAUGCUCCUCUCAUUCAGUUCUCAUCUUGGAUGGGUGGUGACCGUGAUGGAAAUCCCAGAGUUACACCAGAGGUGACAAGGGAUGUAUGCCUGCUGGCUAGAAUGACGGCGGCAAACUUGCACUUCUCUCAGAUAGAGGAGCUCAUGUUUGAGCUCUCAAUGUGGCGAUGCAACGAUGAACUUCGAGUCCGAGAUGAGGAAUUGCACCGUACUUCGAGGAAAGCUGAAAAACAUUACAUCGAGUUCUGGAAGCAAGUUCCCCCGACUGAACCUUACCGUGUGAUACUCGGGUAUGUACGGGACAAACUGUACUUCACACGCGAGCGUGCACGCCAUCUAUUGACUACCGGAUCUUCUGACAUUCCUACGGAGUCCACCUUCAUCAACGUGGAAGAGUUUCUGGAGCCCCUCGAGCUGUGCUACCGAUCACUGUGUGACAGCGGCGACAAGACCGUCGCCGACGGGAGUCUCCUCGAUUUCCUGCGCCAGGUGUCCACCUUCGGGCUCUCUCUCGUGAAGCUCGACAUUCGGCAGGAGUCGGAGCGGCACGCCGACGCCCUGGACGCGAUCACCACGUACCUUGGCAUCGGCUCGUACCGCUCGUGGCCGGAGGAGAAGCGGCAGGAGUGGCUUCUGUCAGAGCUGAGGGGCAAGCGUCCCCUGUUCGGCGACGACCUCCCCAUGAACGAGGAGGUGGCGGACGUCAUCGGCACGUUCCGCGUCCUCGCGGAGCUUCCGCCGGACUGCUUCGGCGCCUACGUCAUCUCCAUGGCGACGGCGCCGUCCGACGUGCUCGCGGUCGAGCUCCUGCAGCGGGAGUGCCAUGUGGAGCACCCACUGAGGGUGGUCCCGCUGUUCGAGAAGCUCGCCGACCUGGAGUCUGCCCCGGCCGCCGUCGCGCGGCUGUUCUCGAUCGACUGGUACAUGGACAGGAUCGGCGGCAAGCAGGAGGUGAUGAUCGGGUACUCGGACUCCGGCAAGGACGCCGGUCGUCUGUCCGCGGCUUGGCAGCUGUACAAGGCACAGGAGCAGCUCGUGGAGGUGGCGAAACAGUACGGGGUGAAGCUGACCAUGUUCCACGGGAGAGGCGGCACGGUCGGCAGGGGCGGAGGGCCGACCCAUCUGGCCAUACUGUCCCAGCCGCCGGAGACCAUCCAUGGGUCUCUCCGCGUGACGGUGCAGGGCGAGGUGAUCGAGCACUCGUUUGGGGAGGAGCACCUCUGCUUCAGGACUCUGCAGCGGUUCACGGCGGCCACCCUCGAGCACGGCAUGCACCCCCCGGUGUCCCCCAAGCCCGAGUGGCGCGCCCUCAUGGACGAGAUGGCCGUGGUGGCCACCGAGGAGUACCGAGCCAUGGUGUUCAAAGAACCAAGAUUCGUCGAGUACUUCAGAUCGGCGACUCCUGAAACGGAGUACGGUAGGAUGAACAUCGGCAGCCGGCCGUCGAAGCGGAAGCCCGGCGGCGGCAUCGAGACGCUGCGCGCGAUCCCGUGGAUCUUCGCGUGGACGCAGACGAGGUUCCACCUCCCUGUGUGGCUCGGGUUCGGCGCCGCCUUCAAGCACGCGAUGCACAAGGACAUCAGGAACAUCCAGGCUCUGAGGGAAAUGUACAACGAGUGGCCGUUCUUCAGGGUCACCCUGGACCUGCUCGAGAUGGUCUUCGCCAAGGGGGACCCCGGCAUCGCCGCGCUUUACGACGAGCUGCUCGUCGCCGACGACCUGAAGCCUCUCGGGGAGCAGCUGAGGAGCAACUACGAGGAGACAAGGAAGCUGCUCGUCCAGGUUGCUGGUCAUAAGGACGUUCUUGAAGACGACCCGUACCUGAAGCAGCGGCUGAGGCUGCGCGACCCUUACAUCACGAUCCUGAACGUCUGCCAGGCAUUCACGCUGAAGCGGAUCAGGGACCCCAGCUUCCAGGUGACGGCGCAGCGGCCGCUGUCCAAGGAGUUCGUCGACGAGAACCAGCAGGCUUCGCUGGUGAAGCUGAACGCGGCGAGCGAGUACGCGCCGGGACUGGAGGACACGCUCAUCCUCACCAUGAAGGGCAUCGCUGCCGGCAUGCAGAACACGGGUUAGAUUUCAGACUGCCCCGGGUUUUGUUGUGUGUAAAUCUUCAGACUGCCUAUUCUGGAAUUCAGAAUUUACAAGAAAUUACAAUGUCGAAAUAAUGUUCGCCUGCUUGAUGUAAAUGUGAAGUGGAACUUCUCAGCUGUUCAAUCAGUGUAUAAAUAUGUCAAACAAACAAAUGCGGUUCACUAAA